GCACCGGAAGUUCCGUGCGUUGCUGAGGGAGAGCGCCGAGUUAGGCCUCAGGGUUUUGCUGGAGUGUUUUCCGUCACUUAUCUCUAUGACAUAGUUUGUUUCAAAUUUAUCACCAAACGCAAGCUGCGAUCUUAAAACAAACCACUAUGUCUGCUCAGGCUCAAAUGAGAGCGAUGUUGGACCAGUUAAUGGGCACCUCCAGGGACGGUUCAAUGUAUCUUUGCCUGCCUACAUCAAUCUGCAAGGGAGUUGCAGAAAAGCCUCAUGUUCAUCGAGCCGUGAGUCAUGAAUAAUUUUUAAAGCUGUUAUGAAUAUCAAAAAAGUGUUUGCUUUCAGAAGUAAUUAAUAUAAACAACAUAGUUGAGACUAAAUAUAAACUGCAUACAAUGGGAAACACUACAAUGAUAUUGGAAUACUUGCAAGGAUAAAGGAAUGAUAUUUGAAUAUUACACAUUUAUAUACACAAUGGCAUUAAAUUGUCACAUAACAGUUAAACUUUACUUUUAUUCUUUGUACCAUUCCUGUAACUACCUUACUACAGGUGUGGCCCAGAAAACCUUCCCCUUUUAAAUUUUUUCCAGCAAGUCAGAAUCUCUGCAGAUGAGGCACAAAGAUUGAAGAUGCUGGGUGCUACCUUAUGGAUGCUCACAGUGUGUAUACAAACCCUAACCUGAGUUCUUUUUCUGAAAGUGUUGAGCUUGCAAUGUGCUGUCAGUAAAGCAAGCUGCCCAUCAUUCUCUUACAGUGCUGAAACCUGUUUAGGCAUUUUUUUUGCGGUUUUUAGAAGAAACAAAUGUAUGCCUGUUACGGCAUUUUCUGUGUGGUCUGAUCAGAGUAUAACGUUCCAGAGGUCCAAGAUUUAAGAAGAGUACAUUCGCAAGGUGAUGCUUAAUGAAUUCUGUGUAUGUUCUGUGAAGAAUGUUCCUGUUCUGCAGUAAAGAUGGAGAGGUAGUCACAUGAUUGCACACAAGAAGGCAUUAGCACAGAGAUGCAACACGACAGCGUGUGAAAUUCUCAGAUGAUAGAGUUUGCAAGAGUCAUCUUCUUGGUUGCUGUCCACAUGAUAUUCUUUCUGGAACGCGCAUGGACCUGGGAGAAUGCACAAAGAUUCAUGACCUCGCACUGAGAGCCGAUUAUGAAAUUGCUGCAAAGGAAAGAGAUUUAUUCUUUGAGCUGGAUGCCAUGGAACAUCUUGAAAGUUUUAUCGUUGAUUGUGACAGAAGAACAGACAUUGCAAAGAAGCGUUUGACAGAAACACAAGAAGAAAUAAGUGCUGAAGUAGCUGCUAAGGCAGAAAGAGUGCAUGAACUCAAUGAAGAAAUAGGAAAGCUUUUGGCUAAAGCUGAACAACUUGGAGCUGAAGGAAAUGUGGAAGAAUCUCAGAAGGUCAUGCAAGAAGUAGAAAGAGUACGCACAAAAAAAAGGGAAGCAGAGGAUGAAUAUAGGAAUUCAAUGCCUGCUUCUAGCUUCCAGCAACAGAAAUUACGCGUGUGUGAAAUUUGUUCUGCAUAUCUGGGUCUUCAUGAUAACGAUCGUCGGCUUGCUGAUCACUUUGGAGGCAAACUGCACUUGGGGUUUAUUCAAAUCCGAGAGAAAUUAGAUCAUUUGAAGAAAAUUGUUGCAGAGAAGCAAGAGAAAAGAAAUCAGGAGCGCUUAAGGAGGCGAGAAGAAAGGGAAAAAGAAGAAAGGAUGAAAAGGAAGUCCAGAUCACGUAGCAGGGAUCGCAGGAGAUCAAGAUCACGUGAUCAUAGGCGGAAACGUUCAGGUUCCCCCAGUCAUGAGCGGCGCAAAUCAAGAUCCAGAUCCAGAGACCGUGAUAGGCGCCGAAGACAUAGGUCCCGUUCACAUAGCCGCAGCAGAGGACACUGUCGCAGCUCAAGAGACAAAAGCAGGGAGAGGAGUUCAAAGCAUAAGUCUUCAAGGGAUCGAUCUCCUAGGGGAAAAUCAAGAGAUAAGGAUCGAAAGGAGAAGAGUUCUUCAGAAAGGAAACAUGAGAGUACAAAUGGGAAGUCAGAAUUUAAUGCAACAAGUCCAGAAGAAAGGGAAGCUGGUGAAAUUUGAAUUAAUGACUGAACUAAAUAGUUAAUGUAAAGCUCUAAACCUGAAAAUAUUCUUACAGUCGUCUUUGAAUUUUCCCAUGUUAUAUAUGAUUUCUGCCAUUUAAAAACUUCUCAUUGGCAGAGCAAGUAUUAGAUUUCCAUAGCUGCCGAUAUAUAUUGUUUUCCUGUAGUGUUACAGCCUUUCACUUGGUUCAGUUUAUUUAUGAAUAUUAAAACAAGUGAGUCCAAAUGGUUUCUUUUAAAUUGAAGUUAUCUUUUGAACUAGCAUGGAACAAAGCAACUUUAGACUUUCUAAGUAAGUACCUUUUCAGCAGUUUAGUUACCACCCUCUAACAAAACUGGAUUUUUUGUGUCUCCAGUGGUAUAUGUGGAUUUUGUAACUGGGUACCUGACUACAUAAAGGCAUUGAUUUCAGCACGAAUUGUUGCAAUUUCAGUGGAAGAAUUAUUGAAAUGGCAAGUGUUAUGCUGUCUUUCAGGCUUUCUGCAAUUCUUAUGCCUAAAUUGCAACAGACCAGGAGUGAUCAAAAAUCCUAUUUAUUUUCCUGGUCGUCCUGCUCAUUUAAAGAAACUUUUGAUAAUUUUGGGAAAUGAACUUCAUAAAUCUAAAAGCUAAUUGGCAUGUCCUGGUUCUGAAUAUUUUCAUCGACAGGUAAUCUUGCAACAAUUGAAGUUUGAAGACAAAAAGACAGCGAACUUGCUUUGAGGUCCAAUUUGUUAGGAACAAUUCAAUUAAUUUUGUUUGGGUAUGCAUAAUUCUUGAGGCAUAAACAUUUCUGCAAAUAAAACAAUUAUCAUUUGAACCAUUAAAAUAAGUUUUUAGUUGAGAUCAACAUUGGUAACCCCCGGAGUCUGCUUUUACACCAUCUUUUUGCAUCACUUUGAAGUUGUUUCUAGUGAGUAUUGUGACAAGAAUGACAACGUAAGUCAGGCUAUCAAUGCAAGCGAAUUGGGAGUCAGGGAGAGGGGAACUAUAGCACUUGCAUUUCUUGUGAUGUGAUGUUUAACUUCUGAAGGUUAAAGUACCCCAGGGCACAUCAAAUUUAAUUUACCUUGUUCAUAUCAAAUUUGAAAUGCCCUCAGUUUGCUGACAUUUCAUAAAUUCAUUUAAAAUCCCAUUAAUUAUCAAAAAAGCCAAGCUGUUGCCAACACUCUUCCAAUAUUAAAAUUUAACCAGUUGAGCCUGGCUCAGUGUAACCCACAGCAAAAUGCAACUUGCUGUAUAACUUGGAUCUGCCAGCAGUGCAUAAUUCCUAGACUAAAUGCAAUGUUAAAUGUAAUAGAAUGGCAGCAAACAUGAAUUGUAAUCCAUUUGAAUGUCACUAUUUAGUAUGACUUUAUUUAUGAACUGUAAAAAUAGAGCAUUCCAACCUAGGUAGCAUUUUAUAUGUUAUCUAAUGCUUAUAAGGCUUUUAGUUGUAAAAUUAUUUUGUUGCAUGUUCAAGAUCAGCGGCCAGAACCAUAGAAUUACUAUUGCAGAUUCUACUGUGCUACUUACAGUAGAAGUAAGUUCAAAAACAUUUGGUAAUUUUAACAGCAUUUUAUUGUGGUGCAUAUCAGUUUUAAGACAUUACAGGUCUGGGGUUUUAUUUUACAAGGUUUUGUUCAUUGACAUACUCUAGAAAUGUGAGCUUUUUGUGUUUUAGGUUUUACUUUUAACAAGUUACAGGAUGGAAUUGAUUUGAUUAGUGAAAGUAAUUAAGAGGAAGUAGCUCUUAUUGCACUAAUCAUCAAUUAAACGUACAUGCAAUUUGUUUUUUUUUUGACACUUUUCCAAAGUUAUAUAGUGAAAUGCAUUUUCUUCCAACAAUCCAUCCUUUGUAUACGUCAAUAAAAAAAUUCCAGUUUCAUUUUCCAUACUGAGAAUGAUGAAUAAAAAUGUCAUUUUUCUUUUUUUAAAAAAAAAGCCCUUGGUGAAAGUUAUGUUCUCAUCAACAAUAAAGGGAAAUGGUUAAUGUCA